CACUGGCCGGCUCUCCUCCUCUUUACUUUUCUGCGCGCUUUCUUGCCUAAAUGUGGCUAAAGUCGCGCUGGAUGGAAAUGCGCAGGAUGGAAAAGCAAGUCUGAAAAAGUGCGAGACAACUUUUCGGAUACGAUUUUUGCACUUUUUCAUCCAGAUGUUCGUGCUGAGUCGUGACUCUCAUCAACCGCUGGAUUAAGUUUAGGAUCAAAUGGACACUGCGAAGAGUUUCCCCGAGUGAUGCUUGUUUUUUUUUUUUGCAUUUUGCAUUAAGGGAAGGCGCGCCGUGACAAGCGAGAGAGACCUACAAGUAUCUUAUAAGUGAGUGACUCCUCCACCAACUUCAUGUUGGAGUUAUGGGUUGACCGGUGGCUGCGCUGACAUCCAGCCGGAGGACAAUGACUGCGCCCGGCCUUGGCAUCCCUCUGCUGCCGGACCGAGUGCUGGUGCUGAUGCUGCUGCUGCUGCUGGCCGCCUGUGGGCCGCGGCCGUCCCAGGCUUGUCGGGGUCUGCUCGGCUGCAGCUGCACGGAGGAGCGCUCCAAGGCGCACGGAGCUCAGGUCCUUGGGCGCAGGGUGAGCUGCAGCAAGGAGGAGCUGACGGAACCUCCCGAUGCCAACCUGCUGCCAAACAGAACCGUCACUCUAGUGCUGAGCCACAACAAAAUCCGAGUCCUAAAGAAUGGCUCCUUCUUUGGACUUAACGCCCUGGAGAAACUGGAUCUCAAGCACAACUUAAUCAGCACCAUCAUGCCUGGAGCCUUCCAAGGCCUCUCUGAGCUCAGGAAACUUGACCUCUCCAACAACCGCAUUGGCUGCUUGACUUCAAACAUGUUCCAGGGUUUGACUAAUCUCACUAAACUGAUCCUCUCCGGAAACAUCAUAUCAACUUUGGAUCCGGGCGUGUUUCAGGAGCUACCGUCUCUCAAACUAGUGAACUUCAACUCAGACUACCUGUCAUGUGACUGUGGGCUGCGCUGGGUCCCGGGCUUCUUCCGCAGCAGCUCAGCCCGACUCGGGGAUGAAACCCUGUGUGCUUAUCCAAAAACGCUGAGAGGAAAACCCCUUCGUGGACUAAGAGAAAGCCAGCUGAGCUGUGACGGUCCCCUGGAGCUGCACACCCUGACACUGCUGCCCUCUCAGCGGCAGGUGGUCUUCAAAGGCGAUCGGCUGCCGUUCCACUGCACCUCCGGCCUCGUGGACAAAGUCACCUCUCUGCACUGGCGUCACAAUGGUCAGCUAGUGACCUCUGACCCCGACAUGGGCGUCCAGUUGGAGAGCAACGUCCUGCACGACUGCACCUUUAUUACCAGUGAGCUUAUUCUAUUCAACGUACAUGUGGAGGCCAGUGGAGAGUGGGAGUGUGUGGUUACGACUGGGAGGGGCAACUCAUCUCGCACUGUUGAAAUAGUGGUGCUGGAGAACAGCGCCUCCUUCUGCCCAGAGGAUAAAGUUGUCAACAACCGGGGCGAGUUCAGAUGGCCAAGAACUCUGGCAGGCAUCACCUCCCAUCAGUACUGCCUGCAGCUGCGUUACCCCUCCAUGUCUGUAGAGGGCGGCAUAGAGCAGAAGAAAGCCUCUCGUGUAUGUGACCGCUUUGGAGAGUGGCAGGAAGGCAACUACACCAACUGUCACUACACUAACGACAUCACCCGUGUCCUGCAUACCUUCAUCCUGAGGCCCAUCAAUACAUCGAAUGCUGUUACUUUGGCCCACCAAGUGCGCACGUACACUCUGGAGGCGGCAGGCUUCACUGACUCAGUGGAUGUGCUCUAUGUCGCACAAAUGAUGGAGAAGUUUAUGGAAUAUGUCAGACAGCUGCAAGAGUUGCCAGAGGUGUUGGUAGAGAUGGGGAGUAACCUGAUGCAAGUGGAUGAUCAGAUCCUGGCUAUGGCCCAGCGAGAGAAAAGAGCCUGCAGCUCCAUUGUGGGCUCUUUGGAGUCUCUGGCUUGGCCUAAACUGCACAGCCAUGCUCAGGAUUUCUCUAUGGUGUCAAAGAACAUUGUGAUGGAAGCACACUUAAUUCGACCUGCCCACUUUACUGGCCUAACCUGCACUGCAUAUGAACGCCGAGAGCUCUCAGCAGCCGUUGUGGGGAUGGAAAUACCAGAGCCCAGUCAUGAGCAACAGCUUCGUUUUCGCUGCAGCACCGGCUCCCAUAACACAUCUCUGAACAAUUUCCCCCUCAAGAAUUCAGUAGCUGUGGCAUCUGUGACUCUCCCUGCUACUUUGUUUCCCUCCGAUGCGCCUACAGACUGUAAGCUGCAGUUUGUGGUCUUCCGAACUGGAAGCUUUUUCCCUCUAACUGGGAAUUCAAGCAACGCUGCGGCACAUUCCAGAAGACGCAGCGUUAACACUCCUGUCGUCUACGUAGGCCUGGAUGGCUGCAGAAUGUGGAACCACUCGGAGCCUAUCUGGGUGUCAGUGCGCCACUUGUCCCCGGGGAGCGAUGCAGUGGCGGCCCAGUGGAGCCAGAAGACGCUGGACAAACAUGGAGGCUGGAGCCAUGAGGGAUGCCAGCUGGUGCACAGUGACAGCAGCACCUCCACCAUGCGUUGUUCUCUGCUUGGCAACUAUGCUGUGCUGCACGAGGUGCCAAAUUUCCCCAACUCUAGACCUGUGUCUGUCAGUGUGCUCCACCCUGUGGUGUAUGCCUGUACUGCAAUACUCCUCCUUUGCCUCUUCACCAUCAUCAUCACACACAUACUACACCACAGUUCCAUUCACAUUUCAAGAAAAAGCUGGCACACAUUACUGAACACCUGCUUUCACAUCGCCAUGACAACAGCCAUCUACGCAGGAGGCAUAAGCUUGACCAGCUACCCGAUUGUUUGUCAAGCUGUGGGCAUCGCCUUGCACUAUUCCUCGCUGUCGACUUUGCUGUGGAUCGGGGUCAGUGCCAGGGUCAUCUACAAAGAAGCUAUGUGGAGAAUGCCGCGGCAACAGGAAGGGGAUUCCUCUGUUCCACCUACUCAGCGACCUAUGCUCAGGUUCUAUUUAAUAGCUGGUGGAGUCCCUCUUAUUAUUUGUGGGAUCACGGCAGCUGUCAAUGUCAGCAACUACGGAGACAACAGCCCUUACUGCUGGCUGGUGUGGCGCCCCAGCCUGGGGGCUUUCUUUGUCCCGGCGAGCCUAGUGGUGUUGGUGACCUGGAUCUACUUCCUGUGCACUGUGUUCUGCCUAAGGCGCCGUGCAACCAAAGAAUGCACCGGAACCACUCUGCCCUCUCCUGUGACUGAGAGUCAGCCCGCACUGGCAGGAAGCAUCAGCCUCCGCUCUACGGACUCCGUUCUGGGUCCUAUAAACACUAAUGUGGCUCUGGAGGACCAGUACCCACUGAAGACACAGUUCUUAGUACUGGUGGCCACCCACUUCCUGUUUUUGACCCUGUGGUGCUGCGGGGCCAUGGCAGUGUGGCUGACCGGGCACACUAGCUUGUUGUUUAGUUCGCUCUACGGAAUGGUCGCCAUAGCCCUGGGGGUGUUCCUGGUGGUGCACCACUGCUUCCGACGUGUGGAUGUGCAAGCUUCGUGGCUGCCCUGCUGCCCGGGUCACGGCCACUCCCAUCCUGUGUCUACCUACGCCCACACCUGCACCACAGGAACCGGAGUGCAAACCUCUGAGCAGGGGUCGCAACUGCUCAUCAGCUGCCACCCACCUGGUGACUCGCACAACUCUUCGUCUGCCAGGUCGUCAUCCACACCCAGUGGUAUCAGCAGUGUCGGACCUGGGCCCUGCAAGCUCACUAACUUGCUACAGGUGGCGCAAGACACGCCGAGCAACACUUCGUGGGCCGCUGCCGCGAACAACAUCGGCACCAGCACCGACAAUGUCACCAAGCCGACAAACAGUACUCUUCCCAGCACUAACUCUGCAGUACAUCCUCAGAGAAGGAAAGUAAAUAGUAGGACUAAGCAAGGCAGUAGCCAGCAUCACCAUCGAGGUGAAGGCAGAGGUCACUAUCGCCUCAAAGCUCUAAGGACGGCGGGAGGUGGGGGCAGCCUCGGAGCUUUGGGUCCUCCAGGCUUGGAGCACCUCAGCUCAUCACAUGCGGUUCAUAAACAAGCCACCAGUGAGAACGGGAGCAUCCAUCACAGCCUCCCAGAGAGCCAUGCAGGCCCGCUGACGAACGGAAAGCGGGUGGGUGAGUCCGUGGCCACCAGCCCUUCAGAAGGCAGCGACGGGGGGAGCAGUGGCAGCCGCAAACCCUACCCUCUUCCUCCCUCCGCGGCCAGCAGGGCAGCCAUGAACGGAGCCCAGAGACGAUGCAUCAGCAGGGACAAUCUGAAACUCGCAGCCGCUGCAGAGCGGGAUGCCAAGCGCUGCUCCUACCCUUUGAACAGCGUCACCACGACUGUGCCGGGGGCGGCGGCGGCCCCAAACGGCACGUUGAAAAACUCCAUUCUCGAGCUAGAAAUUGAAGUUAGCGGCACAGAUCAGUCCCAAAGUUCUGUCGGAGUGAAGAACAGUUUAUGGAAGAGCGAAACCACAGUGUAACUUGUACACAGACUUCAGUUGUGAAUGUGUUCUAUUUUACAGUCUUUUAAAGGGGUCAUAUAAUGCAAAACCAGCUUUUCUUACCUAUUGGUAGGUAGGUCUUUAUUGUCAUUGCACAAGUACAACAAAACUUUGUUUUCAGCACAAACCCGUUCAAGAUUGGACAAACAAACAGUGUACAAGGUUACAGAACAGGAACGCUGAUGGGUCGCCACAAGGCGCCCCGUAAAAGAUGGGAAAUAGGUCAACGCUGGGGAAGGAUGAGUAAAAAAAUACAAUCUAGAUCAGGGGUAGGGAACCUAUGGCUCUAGAGCCCGGUGCGGCUCUUUUGAUGACUGCAUCUGGCUCUCAGAUAAAUCUUAGCUGACAUUGCUUAACACGAUAAGUAAUUAAUAAUUCCGCUGGUAAUCACAGUGUUAAAAAUAACAUUCAGAAUAUAAAACAUUCUCAUGCAUUUUAAUCCAUCAAUCCGUUUUCUUCCGCACUUGUUCAUUAAUGGUAAGAAGUAUUUGAUUUAUUAUUGGUUAACUUCAGAAUAACAAUGUUAUUAAAAAGAAUAAGAGACUUAUACUCAAAAAAUGUUGGUCUUACUUAAAAAUGCACACAUUUAGUUGUAUUCAGUGUUAAAACAUAUUAAAUGGCUCUCACGGAAAUACAUUUUAAAAUAUUUGGCUUUCAUGGCUCUCUCAGCCAAAAAGGUUCCAGACCCCUGAUGUAGAUCUUAGGAGCCCAGUCUGGAGUGGGAAAAAACCUCCAUAGCAAAGCACAUAUACAUAUUACAACAUACAUCUCGAGAUAUCUAGCAACAGAGGGGAAGGAGUGGGGUCACGGUGGCAGGCUGCAGCUCUUCAGGCGCUGCCCAUCCGUCCAUCACUCCUAAGGGAUGAACGGAUACCGGUACAGGUUUAUUGUGUUUUUGGGAUCUCCAUAUUUCUGUAAAAUUGUAAUCCAAACCAUGGAGGAGUGGUGGAGAUUGUAAUAAAACAGGUUUGCCUCUUUCCAAACAAGCCGUUUGGAAUUUGAGACCAUUGUGACAAAUUUUGCCUAGGUUAUACAAUAUAUAUGGUGUGGAUUAUUUUUUUCUAUCCUCUCGUUGUGGGGCAGACUGGCUCGUACAUGCACAUGCAUGCUAAAAUCCUCUGUUGUUGCCAUUUCUAAUAAAAAAAUAGCAUGUAGUUCUAACUUAUAACUGUCCGUAGACUUGAUAUGGAAGAGCUAAAAACUACAACUAAAAACUACUUAAGCACGUAAAAAAGACUCUUACAAAACGAUGCAUUCUGAAGAGAGUCAGAAAGUGACUUAAAGAUGGUCUAAAACAGUGGUUCUCAAACUUAUUUCACCAAGUACCACCUCAGAAAAAACUUAGCUCUCCAAGCACAACCAUGAAGACCAACACUAAAACACAGUAUUGUAGGCAGAGGUUUUAUUUAACAAGUAUAUUUAAUAUUUUUGACCACUGUAACAUUACACACAAUUUGAACAGUAACACUGUGUUUGGAAAAUAAAACAAAAUUACAUAAAAAAAUGACUUAAAAAUAAAACACUGCAACAAUUUAAAUUACUACAUUUAAGAGCCUGCGCCACAAUUUGAGAAUCACUGAUCUAAAAAAAUCUAUGCAACAUUUUUACCAAAGCACCUCCAUCACGUGUUAUGUAGACCACAAAAAAAGUGCUUUAAAUGGAGAAAAAAAUCAUAAUAUGACCCCUUUAAAUGAGACGAUUAAGUCAGAUAUUUCUACCGCUUAUUAUAAUUUAUAAACAAUUAAAGAUUCCAGAAAGCCACACUGGUACUUUUGUUUCAGUGGUAGAGAACUUGAUGUGAAAUUGUACAAAGAAAAUCAGUCGAAUAGGUUUUUAAAAAAGAUAGGUGUUUAUUUUAUUCAGAUGACAGUAUUUCAAGAUUAUGCAAAUAUUGAUUUGUGAUUUGAGAUGUUUAAUGAGAGAUUGUUUCUGUGCAUUUUGGAAGACUGUCCAUUGCUAUAGUACAGCGUUAUGCAAUUACUUUGAUAUGUUUGCUGUAAGUAUUUUUUGCAUGAGCAUUUUGUGUGUGUGUGUGUGUGUGUCUGUGUGUGUACGUGCGUGUGAAUUUUGGCUGUACAUAAUGUCAAUUAAAACAAAGCUAUGUGGGACCUUUGAAUACAGGAUGCAAAUGAUAUAUUCUGUUUGUAUGUAAUCCCUUCAGCACUGAGGCAUGGUUUCUCGUAUCAAAUGAAAUCAUUAAAAAAUAAAAUAAAAUCAGGGCAAAUAUCAA